AUGGAAAGCACCACCCAGAGCUCCAGCAAAGUCACAGUGUUGCCAGACCUCGCUUCUCGACUACCGCUGCGAAACCUCAAUUGGCACUCACCUCCAAGGCCAUUGCGCCAGAUUCGUUCCCUCCACGUCGACUUCGUUGCGGACACUGCGUCACAGAAUGGCAGGCCUGAGCUCGCUCGACAUGGCUCCAAUGGUCCGAAUAGCCUCGAUAUCGUUCGGAGCGGUGGAAAGAUUGUGCCGAAGGAGAGGCGGCAUCAAAUUCCAGGCUUCAGGACGAGUCCCUACUUGAAGGUCUACAUUCUUCGAUGCGAUGACAAGGAGGCAUACAAAGAGAAUGAUCGUCAAAGAAUACGGGAAUGGAUUCGCGGCAACGUCACAGCGAGUGGGAAGCGGGAUGAUCACGAUGCGUUCGAGUGGAUGAUACUGCAUGUGGUUAUACCUGGCACGGCUGCGGCGAGCGAACCAAGAUGGCGGGAGAGCUCAAACGACCCGGAUGAAUUGAAGGAGCGGAAAGGUGGUCCAAAGUGGCCUGGCAAAAACACACGGACAGUUUUUGACAGACUGCGGGCAGACUUCAAUGAGACCGGCAAGGCCGCCCAGGACCGUGUUUCGCAGAUUAGGCUGGUAAAGGAAAGAAUACCGGCAGAUCUCGUGUCGUUUCUGGAUGGCGUAACGACCCUCGAGGAGUCCGUACAGGAGCGCGAGAAUGCAUGGAACGAUGUAAUCACGAAACUGAAGACGCUCAUCCUGGCGCCCUUCGAUCGACGAGUCCGCCAUUACGAGGCCGACAUCGCGGAGCAAGAAGCUCGACGCUCUCUGCCAGGCUGGAAUUUCUGUACCUUCUUUAUCCACAAGGAAGGGCUGGCCAAGGCGCUUGAGAGCAUAGGCCUGGUUGAAGAUGCUCUCGCUCUGUACGACGAGCUUUCGCUCGGCUUGGAGUCCAUCAUACGGGACAUUGCUGCAGGCCGGGCUGAAGGGACAGCGACGAGCUUUGCACUCUUUACCGACGACAUCAAAGCCCGCAUUCUUGGGAGUCCCACACAAAGUACUGAUGAUGCACACGACGACACGAGAAACACGAAUAACGAUGCAGCGACUCUUUUUAGCAAGGACUAUCGAGAAAGCAUUCUAACGCGAAAUCGUAUCAGAUCGGGCAAAUCCAGUUACUCUCCUAGCGAAACUGAAAGCAUUGUUUGCUCGUGGAUCUGGGCAGUGGCUGGGCAGGUACUCGAGCAGACAGCAGCUCCUGCCUUACUGAAGCUCACCCAUCGCCACGGGCCUGACUCGUCGACGCUCACGAAUGGGACUCCCAAACGUGCCGAUCUCAGCAUGGGAAUGGGUGCCAAUACGCAUCCGCAGCGGACGGCCAGUCUAUCACGCCCAAAAAUUGAUCCGCUGGAACCUGGACAUCCGUUGUCUCGAGCAAGAAGUCAAGGUGACAGACCGCCAUCGAGCUCAGGCCUUGAAUUGAAGCACUUAGGUGGCCUGCCAGGUCAGGCCGAGCUCGCGACAUAUCGCGCGGAGCUGAUACUUGUCCGUCGUAAGAUGCUCGAACAGGUCGCGAGGUUGCACGGAUGGCAUGCUGGCCGGGAGUCCGCGAGAAGUAUGAAGCGACGAAGGCUCGAAGUUGUGGAUCUUCGUGAUGAGGCUGAGAUGGCUGACGGCAAUGCAACAUCGAGCUCUACAGUUCUUGGACCAAGUCUUCGGAGCGCACUGCGCACUCAGCAAAUUUUCGAAGCCACUUUCGAGCACUUGACAGAGCUGGCCAUUCGACACUACUUCACAGCAACUCAGAGCAAAUUCGUCGAAAGGUUGACGGGUGAUCUCGCGAUUCUCAAAUGUCAGCAAGCGAACUAUGAAAAAGCUGCAUCCUACUUCGAGAGUAUCGUAAAACUCACGGAAACGGAUAGCUGGACCACGGAUCUCGAGACGCUCAGCUCUUACUGCAAAUGUCUGAAGCAUCUGGAACGCAAUGCCGAUUACACACGAGUCGCUCUUCUACUUCUAUCCAAGAUAGUAGCCAGACGAAUAGAGCGCAAAGUCCCUCGCUCUCGCGCAGGCGGUCGAACCACCCGCGAUUCAACGACCGAUGCUUCAGAAGCCUGGUCCAACGCCGUGGAAGCUUCUGCAGUCCUGCCAGAUGAUAGUGUUCAUUCGAUGGGACGCUUCUUCUGCGAUGUGCGCCUCAAUCCGCAGUUGAGACAUGAUUCUGCUUCCGAUGGAUUCAGCUUAUCGUUCGAACUCACGAACGUCCUUGAUGAGGAGCUGUUAGUGGAUGAAGUGGCUGCUCGCUUGGUGAGCGCAGACGACCCGGGGUCCGAAAUCUGGUUGAGAAGUGAUGCUGGUCCCGUCAGGCUCGUAGUGGGUCGGAAUGAUAUUUCAGUCAAGACGUCGAUGGUGACGUAUGGCCCGUAUCUGGUCGACAAGAUUGUGGUGAGUGCCAACAAACUUCGCUUUGUGGAAGAGGUGCGACCCGAGCCGACUGCAUUGGUGUUGAACCUCACAGGUACAGGACCGCCUGUCGUCACUCCAGCCAAGACACCGCCCUUUGUUUUCGUAUAUCCGUCGGCAAAUGCAUUCAGCGCCGAUGUCAGACGCUCGAGGACUGUUCAUAUUGACAAGCGUCGACACUUCGAAAUCUCGCUUGAAGCGGGACGCGAUGCUGUACGAAACCUUGAAGUCAGACUGAAGCCAGCAACUGCUGGUUUACGCCUAUGGCUGGCAGACAUUAUUGCAAGCGGCAUCGAUCGAGCUUCGAGUCCAGGCAACAAGACUGGCGAGGUGCAGUUCGGAUCGCUUGACGCCCACGCUUCUGCAUCUGUCCAAAUACCAUACUCCGUGGAACAGGCGACAAAGGAACUCGCAGUCCGGCUUGAGGUUCGCUACACUACCGACAAAGACACUUUUACGUUCUUGCAGCCCUUCAAGAUCUUCAACAAGCUGCCCCUCGAUGUGGAUGUGGACGACGUGUUUCAUCUGAACGCUCUCUACUCGAAAUUCACAGUACGCGCAACGACACGCACACCGUUGUCUAUUCUGGAGGCACGACUUAGCGAUUCCACGGUGUACACCGUCGAGGCGCCUCCAGUGCUUCCUCUACCACUCGCUGUGUAUAGAUCGCACCCGUCCAAGCUCGUGUACAAGAUCUCACGCAAACCGUCAAUGGAGAGCGUCACUCUAAAGAAGGAUGCUGCCCUUGCUUUGGACCUAUGCUAUAUGCAAACAGACGAAAUGCUCGUGGCUUGCCUUCGCGAGCUGUUCCUGGAAGGUCUUGAGCAGAGUGCCUUCUCCCACUUGCAACGUCUGCUGCUCCCGUUAGUGAUUGAACGCUUUCAGCAGUCCAUUCAAGACUCGGAUCUUGAGAUGGCUGCCGUCAUCGGGGAGGUCAGAGUACCAGACUACGAGACUGUGGGCUGGUGGGAGCUCGUUCGAACUCUCCCAGAAAGCAUUCAGGAUGCGCUCGAAGCAUGGCUUCGAAGUUGGCACACACAGCACAGCGUUUUGACAGUGCGCGAGACCGCGACGAAAGCAACCAUGGCGCACAGGAUCACAAUCUCUGUGGAAGUGCCCAAUCUAGAUGUUGUGUUCAGCGCCGCUCUGACGCUGCCGCCAACUCCGCCUCUGAUUGAGGGAUACCCUCCGAUCUUCAAGAUAGGCGCACCCAUCAAGGCGGACCUGCAAAUCAAGCACACGAAGGACUGGAGUGCUAGAAGUAUAUUUCCAAACGUGCCGCGCGUCAAGCUGCACGGCCAAGACGAGGACGAUUCGACGUUCGUGGUCGACAUUGGAGCAGAUCCCGAUACGUGGUUAGUCGGUGGUCAACGACGCCGCCGCAUGAAGUUGGGAGAUGAACCAUUGAAGGCAAUCAGUGUGCUUCUGAUACCCUUGAGGGAGGGCAGACAUGCUCUCCCAGUCGUCGAGAUCUCACCUCAACCGACUGACGGCGACGCAAGCGGACCUGACGCUGGGGACAAGACGAUCUCAUGCGCGACUUACUUCGAAAGUGCCGGACAGUCUGUUCAGAUCGUUCGUGACAUGAGGACCUCCAGGGUCUAUAUCGAGGAGUUGCCGGUGGCUUCUUCGUCUCGACCGGACCAGUGA